UUUAAAUAUGAAAAUUUUGCCAUUGUUGUUCACCCUAGUACUUUUAUUAGGGACUCUAAAAGCCUUAGAAGAAACAGAUAUAGAUAGCCUCUUCGAUGACGAGAACUUUGAUGAAGAUUAUGAAUCUGAGCAUCAAAUUUUUGAUACAGAGUCAGACCAGAGACAUAAACAAGAAGAAAUUCCUUCACAAGAAAUUCCUCCAAAGAAGGACACCAAGCAAGAGAAUACUUCCAAAGAGGAGCCUAUUGGAUAUUUCAAGAAAUUCUUCUUCGAUUUUCUGAUUCUGUUCUCAGUUUCCUCUUACGGGUUUAAUUACAUUUGGGGAGUGUACAAAAACAGAAAAAUUGCCCUUGAUAUUGCCAUACAAUCGAAGGGUUUCCUGACAAAGCACUUUACCACUUGUGGUAGAGAAUCUGAAGAUAAUGAAGCAGGGUUGGAGUUAGACCACUCUCAUCAGUUUGAAUACUACUGCAAUGGAAAUAAGUAUACACAUUACUUGUACAUUUCAAUCUUCUUGAAGAGGAGACAAGAUCUGUUCACAAUGAUGUUCAGGACAUUCUGAUUUGCUGAAAAAGAUAGGAUUUGGAUCGAAGCUCCAAUCAAAUGCGAAAAGCCAUUAGAGUUUUUACUCAUUCAGAAUAAAGAGACAACGGAUGCUUUUGAGAGUAUGGAGCACCUUAAAAGGUUUAUUCAGCCUGAUAAAGUUUCCAAGUUAAAGAACACUUCAUUAACUUUGUUUGUGGAACAUAGUGCUAUAACUGAAGAAAUUUUCACAGAUGAAAUGCUUGAUUUAAUUCAGCAAUUAGAAAAAUCUAUCGUAACCUUGCAUGUGACAGACCAACUGUGCUACAAUAAUUAUAGUUUGUGCUUGAAAGCUCAGGUUGCCAUAUUUGCAUCAAGGGAUUACAAGAUGCCUAUUCUUAAAACUCUUGAGUUAAUCAUGCUCCUGGCAACACGUAUUUCUAAAAACUACAAAAUACCUCAAAGAGCGAGCAAAGUAAUUAAGGAGCAUAGGAAAGACUCUAAAUAAUACUUAAAUAACUUACCCUCUUAA